GCACUAUGUGAGAUGAAGAGAUGAAAGUAUGAUAAGUGCGUCUGCCUAAGGUCGGUGCAAGGGGUUAGGGCUCAGGCAAGACGUAAUUAGACUAUAACUGGAGGCCUGCCAAAGGUCGGCAUUUCUGAGGGCUGAGUGAUGAUAUAUAAUAGGUAAGCCAAGGAGCCAUAACGGCGGUCAACACCCCCCGUUUCUUUGAAAAGACAUCACACGACUUCACAGCAACCUUUGACUUACACGACAGCACCCCUGAGCAGAUAUCACCGCUCACUGCCGACUUGUUUCUCACAUAAGCUGCCUAAAGCAACCGGAACAGGCAAAGGCAAGCAAAGGUGACUAGGGAUAUAAUACCCCCUCGAGACCCCCCCGACCCCACGGAGAAAAAGGUCUUCUCUCUUCCCCCUCAAGAGAAAUCUCGCAAUAAUGUCACCCGGAGGCGGUGAAGUAAUUGAAGAAGAAGAAGCCCGCGCAUCCGUCGUAAAAGAGGUCAUCAACCAGCCCGGCCGGAACGAGAUCUUCGCUGGGGACCGGCCGAACCAUAUCGCCCUAGCCAGCGGGGCCCUGAUCAACGGGUUCAACCCCGGAUACGGACCGAUGGGUUAUCAACUUUGCACUCAGUGCCGCCGCUACUGGCAUACCUCCUUCUCCGAGACCAUCUGCUACCGCUGCCGCAAUGCCGUCGGCUACCGCGGCGGCUACUUCGACGACCGCUCCAGCAUCAGCUACAGCUCCGGGUACGGCUACGGCUACGGCUACGACCGUGGGUACGGCCACGGACACGGUCACGGCCACGGUUACGGACACGGUCACGGCUGCUGUCGGUGCUCCUACUGCGAACGCGUCAGGUAUUCGGGUGACUGCGGGUGCCGUGGAAACAUCAGUAUCUGCAGGGACCGGUGCGGGAGACCCGCGCUGUGCCGGCCUUGCCCGAGGAGGCUUGCUUUUGAGAAGAAGAUCGUGAAGCGGUACUAUUGCUGAGUCUUUGUUAGUGGAUUCUUGAAAGAGAGAGAGAGAGAGAGAGAGA